AUGGGUGCCCAACAGUCUCUGCCAGGGGCUCAAAGUGAAAACUCAACCUCGAAUCCCUCCAAGAUCUGCUACUAUGAGCUUAUAGGGGUUGAUACAGAUGCUACAGACGCCGAGAUCAAGAAGGCAUAUCGAAAGAAGGCUCUUGAGCUUCACCCUGACCGCAAUCUUAAUAAUGUCCAAGAGGCAACGAGGAACUUCGCAGAGAUUCAAGCAGCAUACGAAGUUUUAUCUGAUCCUCAGGAACGGGCCUGGUAUGACUCACAUCGCGAUUCGAUUCUAGCCGGGAAUGACCUUGCGGGGGACGAUACCGAACCCGCUACAUUUCGUAACGUCCGCCUUACCACAACGGAAGAAAUAUUCAGCUUAAUACGUCGGUUCAAUGCCACAAUACCCUUUAAUGAUGAACCUACUGGAUUUUUUGGUGUCUCCAGGGAAACGUUUGAACACCUAGCUCUUGAGGAGGAAACCGCCGCAGAAAUUGGGCAGAUAGACCAUUCUUACUACCCAACUUUCGGGUCCUCAGACGACGAUUACGAGGCAGUUGUGAAACAUUUUUAUGCUGCAUGGUCAGGAUUUUCCACCAAAAAGUCAUUUUCGUGGAGAGAUAAGUAUCGCUUAUCUGAUGCUCCCGAUCGACGUAUACGUCGUCUGAUGGAGAAGGAGAAUAAAAAAUGUCGAGACGAUGCUAUUCGUGAGUUCAAUGACGCUGUUCGAUUUUUGGUAACUUUUGUCCGCAAACGUGACCCUCGAUACCUUCCAAAUUCGCAGACGGACGCCGAGCGACAAAAGCAACUGCGAGAUGCAGCUGCGGCACAAGCUGCUCGGUCGCGUGCUGCCAACCGACUAAAGUUCGAGUCUUAUGUUUCUCCGGAGUGGUCACGGCCGCAAGACGAACAUGGACUGGAUGACUAUUUUUCCGAUAUCGAGGAGGACUCCGAAGUAGAGAUUUUGGAAUGCGUCGUCUGCAACAAGUCGUUCAAAAGUGCUCAGCAAUUUGAGGCUCAUGAGCGCAGCAAAAAGCACGUGAAAGCUGUUCAUCACUUGGGUAAACAAAUGAAGAAGGAAGGUAUCGCUCUUGAACUAGACGUAGCUCCAGUUCAAGAAACAGGUCAACGCCCGACCAUGGAAUCAGUUGACCUAUUUACCACUGAAGCUAGUCCUCAGGAGACUGACCCAACCAUGUACCGACCUGCAGACGGGCGAGCCUAUCAGGAAGAGCAGAUUGAAGCAUCGGAUUCAUCGACUGACCAGCAGACCGAUGAAUAUGCUCCAAGAGAUGAAGUAGAGGAGCGCUUACGCCUCUCAGGCCCUGAAGGCUGCGAUGUUGACCGCGUGGAAGACAUAGCUGAAGCCCACCUUGCAGCAUCGGUUCAAAGUGUCAGUCUUGAUGAGGUAUCAGUGUCUACUCAGGGUAAGAUUGGAAAGGCAAAGGCCAAACGACAAAGGAAAAUGGCUCGACAGCUAGAAGAGGCUACGGCGCAAGUACGUUGA